CUUCCUCCAAAAGGUUCUUCCCCACUAUCUCCUCACUCUAGUUCCUCCUUCAAAACCACUUUGAAAAGCAGAGCUCAAAAGCACACUUCAGACACAGAGAGAGAUGGAGAUGGAAGGCAUAGAGCACAGGACCGUCGCCGUUAACGGCAUCGCCAUGCACGUGGCGAUCAAAGGCCCGCCCGGCGGCCCCACCGUCCUCCUCCUCCACGGCUUCCCCGAGCUCUGGUACUCCUGGCGCCACCAGAUGGCGGGCCUCGCCGCCCUCGGGUACCGGGCCGUGGCCCCGGAUCUCCGCGGCUAUGGCGACACGGACGCCCCCGCCUCGGCCUCGGCCUACACGAGCCUGAGCUUGGUAGGGGACGUGGUGGCCCUCCUGGACGCCGUGGCUAAGGAAGAGGAGAAGGUGUUCGUCGUGGGUCACGACUGGGGAGCGAUGGUGGCGUGGCACCUGUCCCUGUUCCGGCCGGACCGAGUGAAGGCGCUGGUGAACCUCAGCGUCCCGUUCACCCCACGCAACCCGGCUCGGAAGCCCCUGGAGGGCCUCAAGGCCGCUUAUGGUGAAGGCUACUACAUCUGCAGAUUCCAGGAGCCUGGAGAGAUGGAAGCUGAGUUUGCUCAGAUUGGUACAAGGAGAGUCCUCGAGGAAUUCUUGAUGUACCGAAACCCAAGCCCGCUUUUCUUGCCGAAAGGGAAAGGGUUCGGGCACCCAACGGGCGACCCGAUCGUCUUGCCCUCAUGGCUGACCAAGGAAGACGUUGACUAUUAUGCCUCCAAGUAUGAGAAAACAGGGUUCACUGGUGCAUUCAACUACUACAGAGCUCUGGAUCUGAACUGGGAGCUCACAGCACCAUGGACUGGGGCUCAGAUCAGAGUACCGGUCAAGUUCAUGGUCGGUGAAUUGGACCUCACUUACAAUGCUCCUGGCACUAAAGACUUCGUACACAAAGGGGGGCUCAAGAAGUAUGUGCCUUUUCUUGAGAAUGUGGUGGUCAUGGAAGGAGUGGCUCACUUCAUCCAUGAGGAAAGACCUCAAGAAGUCACCCAACACAUUCACGACUUCUUCCAAAUGUUCUGAAGUUUCCAGGCUUGUCUACUUAUCAAUCGAUGACUCAAAAUCGGUCCAUGGAAGAGGAUAUGUUUUGACUAGUGCAAAGUGGAAUCACUACAAAGGAAGCACAUUGUAUGCGUCUAUGUGUAUGUGCCAAAUCAAAAGAAAAGAACUCCUGCCGAGGUCCGAG